AGCUUUUUUGUUAAGCUCUGCUGAUGCCAUAAAUGGAACAGUUAACUGGAAGACUAAGCAAGCCAACAGUUUUCUUAUCAGCAGAAUAAAGGCUGUUGAGAAGAAUGGAAAACCAGAAACAUCUCACACACCAACGGAGGAUGCGAGGCUGGUACCACCAAAGGUCACUCCUAUAACGUCUAAAAAAAGCCACGUGUUUGCAUAUUGCAGGGAAGAUACUUGUAAUAGUGCUUAGGGGUUACUAUUGAAGUUCACUUGAUACUGAAUCAGACGAAGAGCCGUAUCAAUCCUUGGGGGUCUCUGGCAAAAAAGAAUCCUACUGCAACAAGGCGUAAGAGAAACAAUUCAGUGAAUUGUACACGAUUCUCUCUAAGGUGCACUCAGAUCGGAAUGUAUAUCCUUCGGCUGGAGUUCUUUUUGUUCAUGUUUUGGAGAGAGAGUACUUUAAGGGGGAGUUUCCUCCUUAUCCAAAGCCUGGGAUACAGCAUUUCAAAAUCACUCCAACUUUAACACUGUUUCAUUCAAGGUCAAAGAUAGGGCAAUUGAGCUAACUUGUAUGGCUACAGGAUCAUGAAGACAUGAACAGCAGUUCCCCAUCCUCUUAUCAAGUGGCUUAAAGGUGAAGUAAAUAAUGAUCCUAUAACAUUUAAUACCAACUUAAUGGGUUACCCUGACAGACCUGGAUGGCUACGCUACAUUCAGAGGACACCAUACAGUGAUGGAGUGCUGUAUGGAUCACCAACUAUAGAAAAUGUGGGCAAACCAACCAUCAUUGAGAUUACUGCUUACAACAGGCGCACCUUUGAGACUGCAAGACAUAAUUUAAUCAUUAACAUAAUGUCAGCAGAAGACUUUCCUUUACCUUAUCAAGCGGAAUUCUUCAUAAAGAACAUGAAUGUAGAAGAAAUGUUAGCAAGUGAGGUACUUGGAGAUUUUCUUGGAGCAGUGAAAAAUGUAUGGCAACCAGAGCGUUUGAAUGCCAUAAACAUCACCUCAGCUCUAGACAGAGGAGGCAGAGUUCCACUUCCUAUCAAUGAUAUGAAGGAGGGUGUCUAUGUAAUGGUUGGUGCAGAUGUUCCAUUCUCCUCAUGCUUACGAGAAGUAGAAAACCCACAGAAUCAGCUGAGAUGCAGCCAAGAGAUGGAACCUGUAAUAACUUGUGAUAAAAAAUUUCGUACCCAGUUCCAUAUUGACUGGUGUAAAAUCUCUUUGGUUGAUAACACAAAACAAGUCUCUACCUAUCAGGAGGUGAUCCGUGGAGAGGGAAUAUUACCUGAUGGUGGAGAAUACAAACCACCUUCUGAUACCUUGAAAAGCAGAGACUAUUACUCGGAUUUUCUAAUUACACUGGCGGUGCCCUCGGCAAUAGCACUGGUGCUUUUCCUAAUACUUGCUUAUAUCAUGUGCUGCCGACGGGAAGGAGUGGAAAAGAGAAACAUGCAAACACCAGACCUCCAGUUGGUCCACCACAGUGCUAUACAGAAAUCGACCAAAGAGCUUCGUGAUAUGUCCAAAAAUAGAGAGAUAGCAUGGCCUCUUUCAACGCUUCCUGUGUUUCAUCCAGUCACUGGUGAGAUUGUACCACCGCUUCACACAGACAGCUAUGAUAAUACUAGCAUGCCACUAAUGCAAACACAGCAGAACCUGCCACAUCAGACUCAGAUUCCACAGCAGCAGACUGCAGGAGAAUUUCGUAUGACAACAUUUCAAAGAUUUGAGGUAAAUGGUAUCCCUGAGGAAAGGAAACUAACAGAAGCAAUGAAUUUGUAAUCAGAUAAAACAGUAAUCACAUCCUAUUUCCUUAUUUGUUCAAAUUGAUGCAUGAGCUCUUCUGAUGUAUAUUGUGCAUGACACGGUAUUAAAGAUUUCAGUGCCAGAUAGUACAAUCAUUUCCAUAUAAACUAAUGUACUGUAUCUUUUUUGUACUUUGGACAUUUUUGACAAUUUGUAAAAACACUGAUAACUUUUUAUAUUUGUUACAUUACGAGAAUAUCUUUAAAAUAAACACAUUAAUAAAUAUCA